UCAGUCCUGUAGGACUGCUGGAGGCGGCCGCAACGCCAUGUUGAACGAAGCCAUCCUACUCAGUGGACAGAUACUCGUGAAAUAGCAGUUGUAAAACCGAGUAUUAUUAAUUUAAGACCGGGCACGUCGUCAGGAUCGCCCUGGCAAGCGGAGGCGAACUGGAUCCGCGGAAACCCCGGCCGGGGAGGGGGAGCAACCCCCCUACCUUCAGCAAUGAAGAUCAACCACAAUAAGCGCUAGCUAGCUAACGUUAGCUUGCUGCUCUAUCAAUAAGCUAGAUAGCCUGUUAGCUAGCGAACCUAACGCUAGCUAACUGAAGCCGAAGCUUUCUCUACAGCUAGCCUUUCCGCCACCGGCAAAACUUGCCUGUUCGAGGCCCGAUCUUUGCGCAACUUGCUUGGCUAGCUGUUAUAGUUAGCUGUGUUUUUAUGCGCUUUAUUUUAAGCUAACUGUUAUAAAUAAAUAGCCAGCUAGCUGUUUUUCUUUGUAAAUACUUAGGAUUUAGCAUUUGAUUUUUUUGGGCAAUGAGUUUACCGCCGAAAGCGGUGCCCAAGCCAGCCGCUCCUGCUGGACCUGUACCUGGACCUGGAACCGGGCCGCCCCCCUCGACACAGCUGCGGGCUCCACUGGCCACAGUACAGCUCCCGGGGCCCCCGGUAGCCCAGCAGCCGCCACCGGUACCACCAACGCAAGUUUUCCUUAAUGCGUUGCACCCCAGGAUCCCCAGAGUGCAGCCACCCUUGGACGAGCGGCUCUUCUCCACGCAACCUGGCGUCACUGCCGUCUACAGUGUACAGAGACCCCCCGGCCCCCCCUAUACAGCACAUGAUCUCAACAAGGGACACCCCAGCCUAGCGGCUACGCCGCCAGGCCACGCCUCUUCCCCUGGACUUUCUCAGGUAUCAGUUUCCACAGUAUCCACUGCGCAUCUGUAUGGCCACCCAAAAGGCUGGGAGGCAAGAGGAGGGUCUCCGUAUACGGCAGGCCAGAAUGCCGGCACGACCCCUCUGGUCUACUCUCCUCCAACGCAACCAAUGAACGCCCAGCCUCAGAGCCGCCCGUUUGCCCCUGGGCCUCGUCCUACCCAUCACCAGGGAGGAUUCAGACCCAUCCAGUUUUUCCAACGGACUCAGAUGCAAACAGCCCGGCCCACCAUUCCAAGCAACAACCCUUCCAUUAGGCCUCCCUCCCAGGCUCCGACUGCCACCGUCUACCCCCCAAGUCAGCCCAUCAUGAUGUCCAUGACGCCCAUGCCUUUCCCUUCCCCACAGACUGCCCAAUACUACAUACCCCAGUAUCGUCACAGUGCUCCUCCAUAUGUGGGGCCUCCUCAGCAGUACUCGGUCCAACCCACUGGACCCAGUACAUUCUACCCUGGACCCACUCCAGGAGAUUUCCCUCCAGCAUAUGCAGCAGGACCUCCUUACUAUCCUGGCCAGACAAUGUACACCCCGUCUCCAUCCAUAAUAGUGCCUACACCACAGCAACCUCCACCUGCCAAGAGAGAGAAGAAAACAAUCCGCAUCCGAGAUCCCAACCAGGGAGGCAAGGACAUCACAGAGGAGAUCAUGUCAGGAGUGGGCGGGAGCCGAAAUCCAACCCCCCCAGCAGGGCGGCCCUCCUCCACCCCUACUCCUCCACAGUUUUCAUGUCCACACCCUCAUUAUCCUCACAUUUUCUACCUCAAAUCCCUGCAGCUGAACAGCCAGGUAGCGGAACAUGGGCAUGUUAUGUACAGUGUGGACAGCACUCCGGUCCUCCCUGCUCCUGUCGACUUGAAACCAGAUGACAAGCCAAAGCUUGAGUGUAUAGUUCUGAAGUCUUCAUCUCCAGGGCUAAGGCCUGGGGAGCCUCCUUUGCAAAGGCGAGAGCCCAGCAGCCCUGCCCCAAUAGCCCCUACACCCCCUGCUCCUGUGCCAGCUCCAACCCCUGUUACUGCACCUGCCCCGGCUCCUGCCCAGGACCUGUAUCCCUCUGAGAAAUCUGAGCUUCCUCUCUCAGGCCCAGAACCGGCAAGUGUAGCUCCAGACUCCUCUCCAGCCCCAGUUCAAUCUCAAUCUCCAUCUCCAGCUCUAGCUCUAUCCCCAUCUCCAGCUCCCAGCCCCUCCGCACCUGCUGCGCCAGCAGUGGAAGCAGCCGAGCCCCCGGUUCCUCUAGUAGAACCUGGCCCUGCACGGGUCCUCACACCAGAGCCAGAGAAACCAGAACCAACCAGAGAUGAUUCUGAGACGAGUGCCUCGCCAGACCAGGCCGUAAAGGCCGUCAACGGACUGGCCGAAUCCGACUCCACUCCCCCCUGCAAUGACUCGCGUCCCACUCAGCUCAACCAGACACCUCAACUGCAGCCUGCUCAGCCUAGCUCUCCCCGACCCCAGCUGUCCAGCUCAGAGCCCAGCCCCACCACACCUGACCUGAAGGAGCUGAAGGUGCAGGUAAAGGCUGCAAUUCCUGUAGCUGGAGAGGCAGUUACUACGGGCGCUGUGACCCCAACCCUGACUCCCACCACCAUCUCUGCUGCUGUUUGUACUACGCCCGCACCUGCUCCUUCUCCUUCUCCAAGCCUCACUCACCCAGGGAGCCAGGGAGCAUCAGAGACGGGCCUAGCCAGGAGAGCCUCAAAUGGGCCGGAGCCGAAGGAGUCCGGGAAAGAGGCAGACGUCUCGCAAGACGAGAAAGAGGAGCCCUCGUUACAGUCUAACCUUAAACUAAGCUUGUGUCAAGCUGCGUCUAGUGUACCAAAGACAUGGAAGAAGCCAAAAGAAGACACGCAUGUGGGACAAGCUCAGUGUCCUGACAAGGAGGAGAAGCUCGAGCCAGCUGUAGAGGCUACAGUGGAUACCUCCAGCCCUCCUCCUGUGUGUGUGGAGAGGCGGAGUUCUACAGCAGCACCUGUGGAGGAGAACGGAGAGCAGGAGGCAGAGCCUCUAAGAAACGGUCCAGAGCACACCCCUGAGGCGGACAGCAGCGAAGGAGUUCCCACACCUGCACUCAAAGAAGCCUCUACCAAUGCAAUACAGAAACCAGAGCUGAAGAAUGGGAAGAGGCAAUAUAACAGAGACUUUCUAUUGGGCUUCCAGUUCAUGCCUGCCUGUGUGCAGAAGCCAGAGGGGCUUCCUCCCAUCUCAGAUGUGGUACUAGACAAGAUUAACCAAAAUAAGCUGCCUCUGCGGCAAGUGGACCCACGGGUCAUCUCCAGAGGCCCAGACUUCACCCCAGCCUUCGCAGACUUUGGUAGGAUGAUUCCUGGAAGCAGAGGCGCACCGCUCCUGAAUGUAGGCCUGAGACGGCCUCCUCCCCGCAAGAUCAUCAUGAAUGUGUCUGUGAAUGAUGAGGUGCAGCUGAAGAAGGCUGAGAAUGCCUGGAAGCCUGGCAUGAAGAGGGACGCCGCAAUAGACGACCCUGAAAACCUGAAAACUCAGGAGCUUUUCCGGAAGGUGCGCAGUAUCCUCAACAAACUGACCCCGCAAAUGUUUAACCAGCUAAUGAAGCAGGUGACAGACCUCACCAUUGACACAGAGGAGCGCCUCAAAGGUGUCAUCGAUCUGGUCUUCGAAAAAGCCAUUGAUGAACCCAGCUUCUCUGUGGCCUAUGGCAAUAUGUGUAGCUGCCUGGCUACAUUAAAAGUGCCCAUGGCCGACAAGCCCACCAGCACUGUGAAUUUCCGAAAGUUGCUGCUGAACCGCUGUCAAAAGGAAUUUGAGAAGGACAAAAUGGACGAUGACGUAUUUGAAAAGAAACAGCGAGAGCUGGAAGCUGCUUCCUCAGCUACUGAGCGCGAGCGGUUGCAGGAGGAGUUGGAGGAGGCAAAGGACAAGGCCCGCAGGAGAUCAAUCGGAAACAUCAAAUUUAUCGGGGAGUUGUUUAAGCUGCGCAUGCUGACGGAAGCCAUCAUGCAUGACUGUGUGGUGAAGCUGCUGAAGAACCACGAUGAGGAGAGUCUCGAGUGCCUCUGUAGGCUCCUCACCACCAUUGGCAAGGAUUUGGACUUUGAAAAGGCCAAGCCUCGAAUGGAUCAGUACUUCAACCAGAUGGAGAAGAUUGUGAAGGAGCGGAAGACUUCAUCACGCAUUCGCUUUAUGCUUCAAGAUGUCAUCGAUCUGCGGCUGCACAAUUGGGUUUCGCGCAGAGCUGACCAGGGUCCCAAGACCAUCGAGCAGAUCCACAAAGAGGCCAAAAUUGAGGAGCAGGAGGAGCAGAGGAAGGUCCACCAGCAGUUGCUGUCCAAGGACAAGAGGAGACCAGUACUGCAGAGAGAGGAGACCUGGAACACUGUGCCUGUGCCUAAGAACAGUAGGACGAUAGACCCCAGCAAGAUCCCCAAAAUCUCCAAGCCACCAAUGGAUGAUAAGAUUCAGCUUGGGCCCAGAGCACAGCUGAACUGGAUGAAGGGCAGCAGUGGAGGAGCCGGAGCUAAAGCCAGUGAAUCAGACGUCUUGCGUCCUGGUGCCAGCAGUCUGAACCGUUACUCACCGCUGCAGCCCUCGCCCCCGGCGGCAGCGCCCGCUUCCUCUGCUGCUUCAGACUUUGAUUCUAAGAGGAGCCUGAGCAGUCGGGGAAGCUCAGGACGGGAGCGUAACGAUAAGCCGUUGAGUUCAGGUCACCCGAGGCCUGGGCCUCUCUCUUUGGCCGGAGCUGGUAAAGAGGCCCCGGAGGAGCCUCCCCAGGAGGAGGUACACAAGGAGACACAAGUCGCCGACACGCCUAAACUGCUGUCCAGCACAGCCAGCAGGAGCAAACUGGAGCGCAGCCAAUCCAGGGAAUCUGUAAAACUUGAAGCAGCGUCAGGCCCUGCCACAGACAAGCCUGCGUUAUCCGAGGAGGAGAUGGAGAAAAGGUCCAAGUCCAUAAUCGAUGAGUUUUUGCACAUUAAUGAUUACAAGGAGGCCGUGCAGUGUGUGGAGGAGCUGGAGCAGGCCUCCAUGCUGUACGUGUUUGUGCGGGUGGGUGUGGAGUCCACACUGGAGAGGAGCCAGAUCACGCGAGACCACAUGGGCCAGCUGUUCCAUCAGCUGCUGCAGGCUGGGAGCCUCUCCAAACCUCAGUUCUUUAAAGGGUUCUCAGAAACUCUGGAGUUAGCAGAUGAUAUGGCCAUUGACAUUCCCCAUAUAUGGCUGUACUUAGCGGAGCUGGUUAAUCCAGUGCUCCGAGAAGGAGGAAUCUCUAUGAGAGAAUUAUUUAGUGAAUUUAGCAAACCAUUACUCCCUGUGGGAAGAGCUGGGAUAUUAUUUUCUGAAAUAUUGCACCUUCUAUGCAAACAAAUGAGCCAUAGGAAAGUGGGGGCCUUAUGGAAGGACUCUGGGUUAAGCUGGGCUGAUUUCCUCCCUGAAACAGAGGAUGUGAACAGCUUCAUCACUGAGCAAAAACUAGACUUCACUCUUUCGGAUUGCUCGAGUCCGGCUGCUGCAGUCUCUAACAGAAUGCUUUCGCCUGAGGAACUGAACAAGCAACUUGAAAAGCUUCUCCUGGAAGAUCUGGCGAGCGAUGAACAAAUCUUCGACUGGGUAGAGGCAAAUCUAGAUGAAUCGGAGAUGAGCUCUCCGCCCUUCCUCAGAGCUCUGAUGACGGCUGUGUGUAAAGCAGCAGUGAAAUUGGAGAGCUCCUCUUAUAGAGUGGAUACGGCCAUUAUUCAGAAGCGAUUGCCUGUAUUACACAAGUACCUUAACUCUGACACGGAGAGACAGUUGCAAGCACUUUAUGCACUUCAAGCAUUGAUAGUAAAACUGGAACAGCCUCCCAACUUGCUCCGGAUGUUCUUCGACUGUUUGUAUGACGAGGACGUGAUUUCGGAGGACGCGUUCUACAAGUGGGAGUCCAGCAAAGACCCGGCCGAGCAGCAAGGCAAAGGCGUGGCCCUCAAGUCAGUGACUGCCUUCUUCACCUGGCUACGGGAGGCUGAAGAGGAGUCCGAGGACAAUUGACGAGAGGGAAAACGGACACAUUUGCCAACGUGUGCUGAAAAGACAAUAGUCGCUGACACAAUAACUGCAUCUUCUAAACGAAACGUAAUACAAGCAAACCUUAUGCACCAAUGGGAAGAGCGGAGCGCGGCAGUGCGAGCGGUACGGUUCACCGACAAACGGCGACGCAACGACCUACAUUUGCUGGAGCACUAAAAAAACAACAAAAAAAAAGAAUACAUGUAUUAUUUAUAGUAAUAUUUCCUUUAAGUUUUUAAUUUUCUUUUUUUGUUACUUUCUAAGAAACAAAAACUUUCAAAAAGUUCAGACUCUAAUUUAUGGGUUCCUUUUUUUUUUCUUUUUCUUUUUUAAUUACUGCAAAUACAAAAAAAAUGUAUUUAACAUAUUGCAAAUGGUCAAAACAAAGAGGCAUUGGUGGAUAUAGAAAUAAAUAAAUAAAUAAUGUUAAUAAUGAUAUAUAACGAUACUAUUAAUAUAGUAACAGUAACAGUUGUGAAAAAGCCUCCCUGACUUUCAGAUUGUUCGGUUCAGGACAACAACAUUGUCUAACGGGGGGGGGAUUAACACUGUCAGGGUUCUAGGGAGGAUUGGAUUGACGUGGUUGUACGUCAGAUGUUCAUGGUUAUUAUUUUUAAUAACCGUACCAGUUUUCCUUCUGCUUCAGCUUGCUCUAUGUGGAAUAAAUAUAUUUAAUCCGGCAGAACUAUGCAUUCAGGAGACUGCUGAGAUUACAGUCAAAACAAGAACAAGAACUCUGAAUGGAAAUAAAAUGAGCAAAAUGGCAACUUGUAUAAAAACACUAAAGAGAUGUUGCUGAACCUAAA